UGGGCCUCACCCAGGAGGGGAGGACCCUCAGAAACUUCCUGCUGCUCUCGGCUCCACGGGAGACUGAGCGCAAGGCCAGCUUGGAGCGGGUGGCAGCCUGCCGGGGGUUGGGAGACCCUCCUCGGGGCUGGGCGGAGGCCCUUAAGCGCCUCGCCAUAUUGGACGGCCACACUUUGCAGCCUUUGUCUUUAGAGUCCUCCCACGAACUUUCAGAGGCAUCCGGGGUGUCUGGGCCGAGGGAGAAGAGAUCAGAGCCUGUGCGUCCCCAACGUGGACGUUGGCGGUUCCAGUUUGGCCCGGACUUCAAGCCUAGCGAGGCGCCUCAGUAAGCAUCCUGGAGAACUGCUUGCCUCAACUCUGAGCUGGUGGUGGGGACCCAGCUCGGCCUUGUUGUUGCCUGCGGGGAGGGGGGGGGUAGGCAGGGAGGUUACACUCUGCCUGAGCAGAGUCGCUGGGAUCCCCCACCGGCCCCUCCUCAAGCUUGAAGUCUAGUCUGUUUGGGCUUCUUGCCCCCUCAACCAAGAGUCCACGCUGGAGAUCUUAAAGACCCUUGAGAAAAGCCACGUGGGAGGCUGGUUCCCAUGGGGCUUCCUACCGUCUCCUGAUUGCCUGAUUCUCUGGAGUGUCCCGGACGUCUGCAAAGAUGUGGAUCUGGACGUGUUAGUGGAGGCCUUGAGGCCCGUGGGCACCUUUAAGAAGAUCGGGAAGGUGUUCCGCAAAGAGGAGGACUCCACGGUAGGGAUGCUGCAGAUUGGGGAGGAUGUUGACUACCUGCUUAUCCCCCGGGAGGUCCGGCUGGCUGGGGGCGUGUGGAGAGUCAUCUCCAAGCCUGCCACCAAGGAGGCUGAGUUUCGGGAGCGGCUGCUCCAGUUUCUGCAGGAGGAGGGUCGCACCCUGGAAGAUGUGACCCGCAUCAUCGAAAAGAACACUCCACACCCACCCCAGCCCCCCAAAAAAUCCAAGGAGCGCCGAGUGAGGAGAGUCCCGCAGAUGGUCACUCCCCCCCCUCGGCUGGUCAUAGGCACCUACGACAGCAGCAAUGCUAGCGACAGCGAGUUGAGUGACUUUGAGACCUCCAAAGUCAAAGGCAGCAGGGGCCCCCAGAGGACCAGGAAGGUGCGCAAAAUGCCUGUCAGUUACUUGGGCAGCAAAUUCCUGGGCAGCGACGUGGACAGUGAGGAUGAUGAGGAGCUGGUGGAGGCCUUCCUUCGCCGUGGAGAGAAGAAGCCCAGUGCGCCUCCUCCACGUCGUCGAAUCAAUCUUUCAGUGCCCAUGUUUGAGAACCUGGGGCCCCAGCCGUCCAAGGCGGACAGAUGGAGGGAGUAUGUCAGCCAGGUGUCCUGGGGGAAGCUGAAACAGACGGUGAAGGGCUGGGCGCCCAGAUCAGGUGAGGCCCAGCAAGCCUCCUCAAUGCCUGAGAGGGCUCGAGACUUGAGACUCAGUCGCAGCACCAGCCAGGACCAACACAGCUCCAGAAGCACAGGAGACGGGAUCAACCAGACCCUGGGUACCAGUCGCUGGACGCCCAAGAUCAAGUGGGUCUCCUUGAGGCGGUUCAGGAAGGAGCAGGCACCAUCCCAAGCUCAGGGGACGGGCAUGCCAGCUGAGGGUCCCCCAGAGGCCGCAGAGAACCAGGGGCCAGAGGUUCCAGCUGAACAUGGCACAGAGGCUGCAGCUAAUCCAAGGGGAGAGGCUGCAGCUAACCAGAGGGCAGAGGCUGCAGCUAAUCCAAGGGGAGAGGCUGCAGCUAAUCCGAGGGGAGAGGCUGCAGCUAAUCCGAGGGGAGAGGCUGCAGCUAAUCAGAGGGCAGAAGUCCUACCUGACCAGAGGGCAGAAGCCAUAGAGGCUUCUGAGGGCCCAGCUAACCGAGAGGCUGGAGCUGGAGACAAUCAGAGGGUGGAGGCCCCAGCUGACCAGAGGGUAGGAGUCCUCCAUGACCAGAGGGAGGAGGCCGGACCUCAGGCUACGCCAGAAGCCUCAGCUGGUUCUGGAUCUAGGGUCCGGAAACAGGUAAAGACAGUGAGGUUCCAGACCCCAGGACACUUCUCAUGGUUUUGUAAGCGCAGGAGAGCCUUCUGGCAUAGUCCGCGGUUGCCAACGUUGCCCAAGAGAGUCCCCAAGACAGGUGAGGCUAGGAGCCUCAGGGUGCUGAGGCCUGAAGCUAGAGCAGAAAUGCAAGAGAGAGAGCAAGAAGAAGAGCUGUGAGGGGAAGACCAGGGCCCUGCUCCCUGCCUGUCCUAUGUUAGCUGCUGGGAUGCCUCCCUCCCUUGCAGGCUCCUUCUACCUCCAUGUUUGAAAAUGGAGGCUGCAGAGGCAGGGAGCACCCCACCCCCACACCUUUCCUGCCCUUUCCUCCCCUUUCUUUUCUUUUUCCUUCCAUUCUUUCUUCCUCUUCCCCUUUGGUUUUUUGUUUUGUUUUGUUUUGUUUUUUGAGACAGUUUUUCUAUGGAGUCUUGGUGGUCUCACACUCACAGUAGUCCUCUAUCUUAGUGUCCUGAGCUCUAGGUGUCUGCCACUACAUCUGGCUCUAGGAGGCAGGGUCUCUAUGUAGCCCUGGCUAGCCUAGAACUCAACAUGGACACCAGGAUGGCCUUGAACUCACAGAGAUCUGGAUGCCUGCCCCUGCUUGGAGUAAAGACAUGUGACACCAUGCCCACCUUCUAGAGGCCUUCUUUAUCAUCUUGUUUUUAUCUGAUGAGAUCAUAUGUUCAAGGUUGCAUGGCUGUAAAUACACUUAAUUUUUAUAAGUGAUUUAAUUUUAUAUAAGUGAUUAUAAAUUUUUAUAAGUUGAUUUAAAAAAAAUACUGAAUACAUCUCAAAGGAUGUAAAGAAGCCAGCCCAUGGAGCUGUGCCUGGGAUGUAUUUUAACUUCUUACUAUGUAUCUUAAAUGCUCACAGCCUGGCAAAGGGAAAUGGGCAGAGGAGGGGGAUCAUUCUGUCCUUUGUCUUCUUUUCUGUGACUAACUUUGAUUGACAGCACCUAAAGAGAGGGCUCAAAUUGAUAUGCAAAUAAAAAUGUGUUCAAGGUGGUUU